CUUGUUAUUUACACUUAACUUAAACAUUUUAAUACUCUUCCAACUCUUAUAUCUCUAACUUUAUCAGACUUCAAGCCUCUACUCAUAUGUCUGAAUACGGUCAACUUCCAAGUCUCGAACGAAACCAAGGUUCAUGCAGCAGCAGAACUCCAAUGAGAAACCAUCAGCCUGAUACUAGUUCCUUCCUUAAUGAGAAAAGCAGAAAUUAUGAUGAUUGUAGCAGGACUAUUACCAACCCUGACAGAGCACAGAGGAUUAGAGAAGCCGAGAGAGACCUCAGAAAAUCAGUAUCUUCCAUGAUAAGGGAGAAAACUAAAUAACGAUGGAAAAAUAAAAAUUCAGGACUCUUAUAAUCCAUUAUUCAAGCCACAUGUCUAUUGCAACAAAUGGAAAAAGGACAAGAUUCCAAACAUGUAUGAUAUGAUUAAGAAAAGAGCAAUGCAGACUCCAAGUCCUGAUAAAUACUCUAAAGUUGAGUCAAUGAAGGUGCCUCAACAUUAUGCUGGCUUUUCCAAAGUAAAAAGAGCCUCGUACAUUGAUACAAUAAUGGCGGAAAAAUAAGAAGAUUCCAGGUCCAAAUAGCUAUAAGCCAAAAUACCCUAAAUCGAAAUGAACUUUAUUUGUCUCUAGAACUAGAGCAGGGAAUGCUUUCAUUGAUGAUGCUACUUACAGAGGACAACAAACACCUGGAAUCCAGAAUGUAAAAUAUACUUCUAUUGAGAAGAAACCGUAUGCUCACAAGAUUACAAAGUCAAAGAGAGGUAGCUUCCUUGAUCCAAUCACAAGGAAUAAGAGCUCACCAGGAGCAUGUAAGUACAAAGCAAUGGAGUCAUACGACGCCACUCAAAAGAAAAAGAUCUCCCUCUAUCUCCCAAAACAACCUAAAAAGACACUCACUGAUGAAGUACUCCGCACAAAGAAAACGGUGCCAGGCGUGGGCAAGUACUUAAGCUCUGAAAAAGAUGUGUACAAGUUCAUCAGUAAGGGAUCAGGCGGUAGGAGAGGAAGGUUUGGAUAGUAAAGAUUAAGUUCUUUGUGUUUUAGUGAAAGUUUCAAUAAUA